AUGAAUUGGAAAGUUCAACAUGCCUUAGUUUCCUUCGUUAUUAUGUUAUCAUUAUUUCGCAAUGCCAACGCGAAAAGAAAAGAAAAAUCAAAUACAAUAAAUACGAAUACCCGAAAACAAGUGCCAUACUAUUCAUUGCCUAACGCAUUUCCAGACUUCUAUGGACCCCCUAGUACUUUUGGUAGUGAUGGAGGAACGCAUGGAAAGCCAUACCCUCCGAAACUGGUAGGUAAUGAAGAUCAUCACGGAUAUGGUGAAGAUAAAAGGCAGAAUAAGGUUGGAGGAUGGUGGGGACGUCGUGAUACAAUUGAUGAUAACGAAGACCUUCAUGGAAAUGGUGAUGAGAAAAGACAGAAUAAGGUUGGAGGAUGGUGGGGACGUCGUGAUACAAUUGGUGAUAACGAAGACCUUCAUGCAAAUGGUGAUGACAAAAGACAAAAUAAGGUUGGAGGAUGGUGGGGACGUCGUGAUACAAUUAAUGAUAACGAAGACCUUCAUGGAAAUGGUGAUGAGAAAAGACAGAAUAAGGUUGGGGGAUGGUGGGGACGUCGUGAUACAGUUGAUGGUAACGAAGACCUUCAUGGAAAUAGUGAUGAGAAAAGACAGAAUAAGGUUGGGGGAUGGUGGGGACGUCGUGAUACAGUUGAUGGUAACGAAGACCUUCAUGGAUAUGAUGAUGAGAAAAGACAGAAUAAGGUUGGAGGAUGGUGGGGACGUCGUGAUACAAUUCCUGGUAAUACUUAAGACUACUUUAAAUUUUAAAUCGACUUUAAUGAUACUGAUAUUUUGAACGGAAUAAGGAGAAAGAUUAAACAUUUUAAUAGACGUUUACAUAGUCUAACUGGUCACGAUAUAUGUUACCAUACUGAUAGUUUUAUAAUCUAGGCUAUCUGAAAAUUAUAUUCAAUUAUAUAUGUAGUUGUACAAGAUAUGUAGAGAUGAUUAAAGGAAUGUUGCAGUUG